AUGAUUGUCAUGGACAUUGAUGAGGAAGAGUUGAACAGCUUAUCUGCAAGCUACAGUUUCUCCUUAGGGCCACUAUCCUGUUCUGACAAAGCUGAGAGCAACAAUUCAGGGCUGCAGAGAACAGCAGACCAAGCUCUGGAGAAGGAACUCAUCCCACAUGAGCAUCAACACCAGCCAGUUAAAGAGGGUAAUGAUUACGGCAUCUUGGAGGAGUUUUCCCUGUUCCCAGCAGUGGAUGAAAAGUUUCUGAAGUUUUGUGUGCAGGAAGUGAUGGAAGAACAGGACAAUUUCAAAACGACACAUGAUAUAUUUGUCAUAGAUGUUGAUGAGGAAGAGUUCAAAAGUUUGGUGGCAAAUGUCAGUUCUGGUGAGGAUCUUUCUUCUCAAGAAGGUGAAAACAAAGGAUCAGACCAAACAAAAGCACACCCAAUUCUAGAGAAGGAACUUUCUUUCGGUCUGCAUGACCAUCAACAUCAGCUUAGUACAGAGGAGACCGCAGAGAAACAAGGCAAUUUCAACAGGAUACGAGAUGUGACUGUUGCAGACAUUAUUGCCAAAGAUUCGACCGCAUCACCUGCAAGCUCCAUUUCCUCUGUUGAGCCAAUUUCUUCCUGCAGUGAAGUUAAGGGUAAUGCGUCAGGGAUACAGACAACUGCAGGUCACGCCCUAGAGAAGCGACGUCCUCUGGGCCCACAUGAGCAUCAGUUCAUUUCAUGA